CCGUUUCAACACCUUCCGCGCAUGAAUCAGAGGAUCAGGACACCGCACUGUCACAUGCCGAAGAGGAGACUCGUGCACAUGUGGAAUUGGAGUUGGCGAGCACUCGAAUAGCCUUGGAUGAGCUUAGGCUGGAACAUCGAAGAGUUACUCAGGAAAACGAGGAAUUACGCAGGAUAAGUACACUGUCUGCAGAAAAUGAGCAGUUACGAAACGAGAUCAACGUACUGCAAGGAACUCUUGCAUCUGGGCUAAAUGGUGCUUCACCUUCUUCUCAGUGCAGUUCUGCGCCGCCUAUUAAACUGAACAGUGAUGUGAUUGCGGAGCAACUGCAAGGUGGUUUUUUCGACUUUUUGAGAUCUCCUGGAAUGAAAUUUGAAAAGUUCCGCUAUGUAGUAUAUAUGCUUACUGACCUUCACUGUACUGCAUAA